GCGCAAGAUGGUGGCGGGAGGGUUGUGUCUGUGUGGGCUGCUCAGAUUGUUGUCCUCGCUGUUAAUCCCUGCGCUAUUUCUAAGCGGAAUUUUGUGCCUCUGCUUGUUCGUGCUCCUUUGGGGAAUACGGCUCUGGAUACAACAGAGGAAAAAACAGUUGGCCUCAUCGGGAACAGAUGGGAAGCAGCCACUGACAGUUGCAUUUUUUCACCCAUAUUGCAAUGCAGGUGGCGGAGGGGAGAGAGUCCUGUGGUGUGCCAUAAGAACGCUCCAGAAAAAGUACAAAAAUAUCACGUGUGUUGUUUAUACUGGCGAUAGAGAUGUCACUGGAGAAGAUAUAAUAGCAGGUGCCCUGAGAAGAUUCAAUAUCAAAUUAUCUCACCCUGUGAAGUUUGUAUUUCUAGAAAAGCGCUAUCUCGUGGAAGCCGCUCUCUACCCCUACUUCACUUUGCUGGGACAGAGCUUGGGCUCUGUGCUUCUUGGCUGGGAAGCUCUGCUAAAGUGCAUUCCUGAUGUUUAUAUUGACUCCAUGGGCUAUGCCUUCACGCUGCCACUCUUCAAAUACAUGGGAGGCUGCCGUGUCGGGUGCUACGUUCAUUAUCCCACCAUCAGCACAGACAUGCUUUCCGUAGUGAGGAAUCAGGAUACCAGGUUUAACAAUGCCGCGUUCAUUACAAACAGUCCUCUCGUCAGCAAAUUUAAACUUGUCUACUACUACUUGUUUGCCUUUCUCUACGGACUGGUCGGCUCAUGCAGUGACGUGGUUAUGGUCAAUUCCUCCUGGACACUGAAUCACAUCCUUUCCCUCUGGAGAUCCGCAGCUUGCACCAGUGUUGUGUACCCGCCGUGCGAUGUUCAGACCUUCUUGGAUAUUCCACUGGAAGAGGAAAAGAGCAUUACUAAAUAUUCCAUUGUUUCUGUCAGCCAGUUCCGGCCUGAGAAAGAUCAUCCGUUGCAAAUCAGAGCCUUUGCUAAACUGCUGGAAAAGAGGAGACCGGUGCAGCAACCGCCUUUGAAGCUCAUCCUAAUUGGAGGCUGUCGUAACCAGCAAGAUGAGGAGCGUGUCAACAAGCUCAGACGUCUGUGUGAAGAGCUCGGGGUUGCUGAGCAUGUGGUGUUCAGGAUUAACAUUCCCUUUGAGGAGCUCAAGCAGCACCUGGGCGAGGCCACCAUCGGCCUGCACACCAUGUGGAACGAGCACUUUGGGAUCGGUGUUGUUGAAUGCAUGGCCGCUGGCACGGUUAUCCUGGCUCACAAUUCUGGAGGCCCCAAGUUGGACAUUGUGGUCCCCUACGAAGGGCACAUUACAGGCUUCCUGGCCGAGGACGAGGACAGUUACGCUGAGACUAUGGCCCGUAUUCUCUCUCUGUCUCCUGAGAAAAGGUUAGAGAUCAGAGAAAAAGCUCGUCAGUCUGUGCACAGAUUUUCUGACCGGCAUUUUGAAGAGACAUUUCUAUUAUCUGUGGAGCCAUUAUUUAAGUAAAUGUAUAUGAAUAAAAUUGUAUAUGGAGACAAAAAAAAAAGGUUUUGUAUUUGACCGUAUGUCUUCUGUAAAUAUACUGCGGUUUAUGAUCCUGUGGUCCUUUUGGUCCUAUUCAGAAGGAUUUUUUUUUCGUUCUGUCAGGACAUCUGCUAUAUGUAAUAGAUACCGUGUUUUCCUGGCAAAUAGAAGUGUACCUGGAAGCUUUUUUAUUUAUUUAAUAUUUAUUUUGCCUUCAGUCAGUUCUCACCCAUUUCAUGUCUUUUCACCCACUGACACACUUAUAGUUAACUUUUGUAUGACAGCUUUAUAUUCAGAUAUUUUUCUUUCAGAAUAUCCCAUUUUCAAUUUGCUGUCUCCCCCUGAGUGACAAAAUCCUAUUUGGCAGGAUUCUUCUUGAUCUUCUAAUGCAUAAGAUAUGCACCCUUUUAUUUCUGAUGAAAACUUUAUUUUUUUAAUAAUGAUCAGAAUCCUUCCAGAGACACACACGAUGUGUCUACAGCCGCUUUUAUCCACAUACAGAUUUCUCCCACUGGUAAAGCUAAGCACACCCUAAAAAUCUGAAAAGAAAAUGCAUUCCUUUUUAGGAUUCUUUUUGCUCAAAGUUGGGAUUGCUCAAAGGGAUUCCUCAAAGUUAAUCAUACCGUAUUUGCUUUUUAAUAUGUAUAAUAACUUCACUUGUACAUGCUAUUAACUGUUUUCUCCUGUUCUACUCUAUGACAAAAGGUUUUUUGCAGUCCUAUAUCAAAAAUGUUGGUAUUCCUAAGAGAAAGGAGACUGUAGAGUAGAGGAUAAAAGUUUAAACGAUAAACAACUGUGAACUUUGCCACUAUAAACUA